AUGGCAAAGCAUGUUCCGGCAUGUUUUCUGACAUUACCUGUCGAGAUUGCCUAUCGCAUUCUGGACAAUCUUGAUGAAUUAACAUUAUUAUGUUCAACCCGUAACGUUUGCCAGCGAUUGAAUAUGAUCACUGAGACAUAUCAUCGAUACCAGGUAAAAUCUCCUUUUAUCAUACGAUAAGAUGCAUACUCAUGUCGCUGGUUUUUCAUCAAACCAGACAGCUCGCACAGUUUCAUCCUGAAGUUCUCAAAUUUUUAAAUUUUUAAAUUUCAUUAAUAAAUUACCAUUUCGUGUUGAAAAAAAAUCGGUUGCAGCUGAAAAACUUAAAUAUUGUUAAGCUAUAGUAAAUUUUAUUAGAUAACACUAGUAAUUUUUCUAUUGAUUGACUCAUGCAAGAAAUACCUAUUUAUUAAGGCGUCGACUUUAGUAAAAAGAAACCAACUCGAAAGCUAAGCAAAUUUGGUAAAUGCGGCUGACACUAGUGGCUUCAGCGCGCUUACAAUUAACAGGAUGGGCGAUUUGGACUAGCAUCGAUGAAUUUUUAUAACACGUACAAAAUUUUCAUUCCUUAUUGUUAUGAUUCGUUUUGAUCUUAUGAAUCAUACGAGAUAAUGCAGCGAGUUGGAAAGACCACAGAACGAAGAAAAAGAUA